AUGAUCGAGGUGAUCCUGAACGACCGCCUGGGCAAGAAGAUCCGCGUCAAGUGCAACGAGGACGACACGGUGGGGGACCUCAAGAAGCUCGUGGCGGCGCAGGUGGGCACGCGGCCGGAGAAGAUCCGCAUCCAGAAGUGGUACACCAUCUACAAGGACCACAUCACGCUCGAGGACUACGAGAUUCACGACGGCAUGGGGCUCGAGCUCUACUACACGUAA